AUGCUCUCCUUUUCCUUGCCCUGGCACGCCAUGAUUCUCUCUGCUGCAAGUUGUGAGACUCAUCUUCGAGCGUUUCACCAGAGAGACUUGAUGACAAGUGAUACACCCUCCUCUUCGUCAUCCAGUGACGAAGGAGACUCCUCCGCAGAGACACCAAAGCAAGGAGACUCUGGAAAGGAUGAUGAUCAAACACAAAAGUCUGGAGACGAGGGAAACGAUAAUGGAGAUGAGGAUGGAUCAGAAAAACCAUCCGAGGACUCAGCAGAGUUGGAACAGUUGGAGCAGCUAAUUGCCGCUGUCAAUGCAGAAGAAUCCACUGGCUCGUCUUCUUCUUCUUCUUCUGAGGAUAAUUCUAGUGAGGACAACUCUUCUGGUGAAAAGGAUAAAUCGACCUGUUACACCCCAAAUUGUUGA